CAGCUGACGAGGCCGCCUUCUACCGACGCGCCGCGUCACUUCUGGACGAUGCAGGCAUUCGCGUACUUUACAGAUGUUGCUUUCUGCUAGAGUAUUCAAAGGGUGAAGAAGGUAGAAAAUAGAGUAAGGAAAGUGAAUCAAUAGAGUCACAAGCGGCGAAACGCGCUGCGGACCGUAGCUAGAGGCGACGUUCACCUCUCCGACGGAGACUAGCGAAUAAAGAAGCUAUUUGCAGGGGAGAAAAUGAAGGCCCUUCACCGCGGCUCAUGGCGUAGAAGAAGAAAGAGCGACGAAAGUGUCUUCCUUGGGGAUGUCUCCAGCGAGACAAAAGCACUGGGGCAGACGAGACGACACAGAUACUCUUGGACAUCCAUCUUUCAUCGAGAAAAUUCGUGCUCUCAGAGCCAGGUGUAUGUACACCUGAAGAGGAGGAAGUGCAGAUCGGACAAGCAGUUUUGCUUUCAAGUGUGUGUGGGUGUUUUUCGUUUCCUCGCUGUCCACUGGGAGGAAGGCAUUAAGCACUCUGGGAGGCGGCUUUUCUCGAGCUGAAAUAGUCGGAGAUGGCGUUCGCUUUUCAUCUGUCCUCCAUUCCUUGCCUCUUGCUUCUUUCCUUUUAUUCGACCUUCUCAUUCUCGGCGGUCUUUGCCUUUCUCCUUGCUCUCUCGGCGUCCUCUUCCGCUUCCGAAAAAUACUGGACGUUCUCGGUUACCGCCGGUGCUCUGUGUCUUCGUCCACUGGUUGUCGAGUCUGUCCUCCUUCGGUCACCUUUCUGUCUGUUUUUCUCCUCAACGGAUCGAAACCGGUCUUGCCUUUCUCCGACGUCGGCCUUUCGUUUCUCCUGAUCUUCUCGCUCACCUCCAUUCUCGAUGCGCAUGUUUCUCCACUGUGUCCUCCCCAACGUCCUUCGCCCCGGAGGAGUUCUCCCUCCUCGCUUGCUGCCCUCUUCCUGCCAGUCCUCCUCGUCCGCGUUGCUUCUUCGCUUCUUCUUCUCGCUUCUGUUCUCUUCGUCCGCCAGGUGCUCCGCGUCCGCGUUGCUUCUUCGCUUCUUCUUCUCGCUUCUGUUCUCUUCGUCCGCCGGGUGCUCUGCGCCCAGUUACUUGGCGCGAGAAGCUGGGCUGCGAGGAGCACACAGGGGAAGACAGAGAGACAAGAAAGGGAGAUGGAGAGGGAGACGCGGCCGAAGAGGAGACUGUGUUGGCGGCCGUCGCUUGAAGACGAGGAGGGCGGCGGACAUGAGCGCGAAAGUGAAGGGAGUGAGAUGAGGAACGCAGCAAGGAACAAAGGCCCAGACGACACAGAAGUGAGAGAACAAGGACGAGAAGAAGAUACAGAGAGCGCCGAUGAAGUUGAGGUGACCGCUGUCGUGCUCCCUUUGGCGACGGUGCUCCGAUCGAGUCUGGAAUCUCUGGCCGCCGAACGCGCGUCUCCUCCUUCUUUCCGGUCGUGCGUCCGGACGUCUGUCUGCUCGGGUGUCAUCGACGAAACAGAGGAGAGGCAGAGCAGUUCUGGCAGGGCAUGCAGCAAGUGGACGGCAGUCGGGGAGGAAGCGCGUCGAGGCGAGAGAGCGAAGGAGGUCGCGGAGGAAGACCUCGAGAGAGAGAAGAAGAGACAGAGAGGAGGAGCCGAGCAAGCGACAAAUGUUGAGGAGCCGGAUGCGGAAAGAGGAGAAGCAACAGAAAUGAGAGGAUCGCGAAAGCGGAACAAAGGACAAGGUGUGGCGCAAGGAGAAAUUAAAGAGCGAGAGGAGGACGCCGAAACAGAUCUUUUCAUUUCCUCUUCGGAUACCGAAUGCGAUGAAUUCAGGAAGCAAGAAGGAGUGUCUUCUUCCUCUUUCGCUAACCCUGAGAAUCACGAGUCCUGUUCUUCCUCUCCUUCUCCUGCGUUGCCUCCAUCUUCUUCUGCCUUGCCGUCUCCUCCUUCUGCUUCCUCUUCUGCUCUCGCUCGGCCCUCCGCGUCUUCCUCUUCUUCCUCUUUUCCUUCGUCAGCCUCUACCUCUUCCCUCUCUUCCUUUGCUCCGUCCUCUUCGUCUUUUCGCGCUUCCUCCUCUUCUUCUCGCUCUGCGUCUGCGGCUCCUGGCGGCCGGCCGCCGGCUACGGGCGACCUCACUGACUUCGUGGUGGAGAAGCUGCAGCUGCUGGCGAGCAAGUACGAAGAGCAUGGCGAGGUGUGGAGGGCGAUGAGCUUCCGGGUGGCCUCCGGCGUCCUUCGUCAGUGCAGCGGCGCGGCCUUCCGAGCUGCCGAGCAGGCGAGGAGAAGAGCGGUGCAGAAUUCGUCUUCGGCUGCACUCCAACAGACUCAACUUGCGCCCGCUUCGCCCACAGGGAAGAGAUCGGAAAUCGCAUCUGGUUGCGACAGCUCCGCGUGUGACGCUUCAUCGUCUCACUUGGCCUCUCCGCCUUCUUCCUCUCCAUCUGCCUCUCCUGCUGCCUCGCCUUCUUUCUCAUCUGCUGUCGCUUCCUCUCGUUCUCCCUUGUCUUCGUCUGCUCGAGCACGCUUGCGCCGCGAAGGGAUCACGCGGGAGAACUACGCGUUGUUGAAGCACGAGCCUGGCAUCGGCGCUUCGAUUUUCCAGACGGUCGAGGAGCUGAUUUUGACAGGAACGACCCGCCGGCUGCAGCUGCUGCUCCACGGCGAGCGUUCGGCUGCCCGAGAGGAGUUGCAAAGCGUCUGGGGCGUUGGUUUUCACACGGCGGAGAAGCUGAUUGCCUUGGAUGUAUGCUCAGUUUCAGAUCUGCGCCGGGUCGUAGCGAAGUUCCUCAGCCCUCCGCAGCAGCUCAGCAACAGGACGCCGGGACCCGAGGCCGCAGAGUCGGCAGAUGCAAUUCGUGCGGACGCAGGUGAAGCGCGAGAGAUGGGAGUCACAGCGAGCGAGAAAAAAACAGAAACCGACGAAUCUGCAAGCCGGAGACAGACGCUCCUGCACAGCCUUUUUGACGCAGAACACGUCGAUACCUAUUUGGAAACGGGCAAGGCUGGGGGACGCGGGAGAAAGCCGCUGAGGCGCUGGGCGAAAGUCGCCGAGACACCCGAGCGAGGUGUACAUACACCCCAGCGAGGUGUGCAGACGCCGGAGCAGCUUCCAGGCGAGGGACCGGGUGAAGAUGGCGCGGCGCGCCCGCGCAUUUCCUCUUUUUUUCGGGGAGCGAAAGAGGGCGACGACCCGAUGGAAGAAAGGAGACAGCAAGAGGCAGCGCGGCUGCUCUCCAGGCCACAGCUCAUCGGUCUCAAGCAUGUCGAGGCCUUCCGGAAGCGGAUUCCGCGGGAGGAGGUCGCGGCAGUCGCCGCCUUCGUUCGGCGAGAGCUGGGCCUUGAUUCCAUCGAGGACAAAGCGACAGAAAGUCCCGGUGGUCGGUGGCAAGAGGCAACGAACGUGGUGGUCCGGAAGCGAACGAAGCGCGAACAGAGAGAGGACGAAGAAGGGAGGAAAGGCGAGACAGCGAAGGAGGUGAAGAAGGGUGCAGUCGAGACAGCUGACGAUGGUUCAUGCUCCUGGACGGAUGGAUUGGUGGGGAUGGAUGUGUGCGGCAGCUAUCGGCGAGGCAAGGCCGAAUGUGGAGAUAUCGACAUUCUCCUCAUUCGUCGAGACGACGUUCCCGAGGGGUUGUUGCAACACGUCGUCGCCCGCCUGACGUCGUGCGGCCUUCUCGUCGACCAUCUGCUGCUUAACGCAGCUGCAAAUUCUCACUUUGACACUGCAGGCCGGAGCGCCAGAGCUCAAGGCGAACGCUCCAAAGAACGCUCUGUGGCCUCGGAGCGGCGAGGUCGAAAGUUGUCUGAAGAGGACAAAGAGGCUGCGUCCAAGAUGCGCUCUUCGCGACACUCAGGCGCCGAACUGUACUGCGGUGUCUGUGUCUGGCCUCCCUGGCCUACGGACGGAAACGCGAGUUCGUCGGACCCCGUCUGUCGCGCCGAAUCGACAUCAAAAUUUAUCCAGAGCGAUCCCGCGCGUACGCGCUGCUUUACUUCACCGGCGCCGCGCAGUUCAACCGGAGCAUGCGUUUGUGGGCGAAGAACUGUUGCCUCCUGCUCGACGACACAGGCUGCUAUCCGAGAGGCCUGGGGACGGAGGCCCUCCAGAGGCGAAAGUCUUCGAGGAAAGUCCAAGACGACCCGAGUUGGGCGCUCUCGCCCACGCACGAGUCGCCGGAGGAGACCAGUGACGACACUGAGGGGGAACGCAGUGGGAAGGACGCAGAGAAAGGUUCGCCGGAAUGCGUGGGAGCGCCAAACACAGGAAACGCGGAGGCGGCUGAGAGAGACGUUGCGAAAAAGGAGGCGGCGGAGAGAGACGCUGCGAAGGAGGAGGCGGCGGAGAGAGACGCUGCGAAGGAGGAGGCGGCGGAGAGAGACGCUGCGAAGGAGGAGGCGGCGGAGAGAGACGCUGCGAAGGAGGAGGCGGCGGAGAGAGACGCUGCGAAGGAGGAGGCGGCGGAGAGAGACGCUGCGAAAGAAGAGUCGACGGGAGGGGAAGAGCAAGGCGGAUUUUCACGCCGGCUCGGGAGCCUCAUAGGGUGCGAGAGAAGGGGAAACGCCGCCGGACGGAAGGGCGGGUGCGUGCACUGUUCGACGGAAAAAGAAAUCUUCGACCUCCUAGGUCUGCAGUUUGUGCCGCCAGAAGACAGAGAGGCUUUUGUCCAUCCGAAGGACGCAACCCUCACGUCGUAUCCAUCCAGCAGCCAGGGAAGUGAGUAGACACUCUGAGUGCAAAUCGAGAAAAACUCCUCUCGAGCCAGAAGGCUCGAGAUUUUUCACACUGGUACGCCUUCCCUGACGGUGGGUGCUUCGUGAGACCGGGAGCGUAGAUCCAGGCCGACCCAUUAAGUAUUCUGGUGAGCUUCGGCCGGAGCAAAGGGUGAACAGGACGAGGUCAGUCAUUCAAGGCCACUGAGACAGUCCAGAGCUUCGGGGACUGGCCCCAACGUUUUUCAAGUUGUGGCGUCUGUGGCGAUGAACUGAAAAGGUGCAGGUAUCGACUUUCCGGCGCGAGUCGUGAACAG